AUGCCCGGCCGUACACUACCCACAAUCGCCCAGGCGGAGGUCGCGUCGAGAAAUACAGCAAAGUCCUGCUAUGUUACUCUAGGCACCCGAGUGUUCGAUAUAACUUCCUUCCUCGACGACCACCCUGGCGGCGGAGACCUCAUCCUUGAGUAUGGCGGGAAGGAUGUUACGGAGAUCAUGGCAGACGAGAUAUCACACGCGCACUCCGAAGCCGCGUAUGAAGUCCUUGAAGAAAACCUGGUCGGGUUCGUCGCAACAGAGAAGGUCAUGGACGCUGUGACGGAAAGCCAGCACCCCGAUGCCAUCGUUCCACUGCCGCCGACAAAACAAGGCAUGGCAGACCUGAAGUCUCGCGGCGCCGCCAACGGUGUAGCCACGAAAGCCAUCUACACCUCCACAGGCAUGUCAUCCGCCGAAGACCUCUCCGUAGAGACCGACGCUAGCUCCGACUACAAGACCCACAAAUUCAUCGACCUCAACCGACCAAUGCUGAUGCAAGUCUGGAACGGCGGCUUCAGCAAAGAGUUCUACCUGGAGCAAGUGCACCGGCCACGGCACUACAGAGGCGGCGACUCCGCGCCCCUCUUCGGCAACUUCCUCGAGCCCCUCAGCAAGACGCCCUGGUGGGUCGUCCCCAGCGUGUGGCUCCCCUGCGUCGCCUACGGGACCUGGUAUGCGAGCCACGGCGUCUCCUUUCCCGCGCUCAUUGCAUACUGGAUCCUCGGCCUCUGCAUCUGGACGCUGGUCGAGUACGUCCUGCACCGCUGCCUCUUCCACAUCGACGCCUACCUCCCGGAUAACCGCGUCGCGUUGACAGCGCACUUCCUCCUCCACGGUAUCCACCACUACCUUCCGAUGGACCGGCUGCGGCUCGUCAUGCCGCCGACGUUGUUCCUCGUACUCGCGACGCCGUUUUGGUAUCUUACGCACACGCUCUUCGCAUAUAACCUCUUCGCCGCCAAGGCCGUCUACUGCGGGGGCAUCUUCGGAUAUGUCUGCUACGACAUGACGCACUACUUCCUGCAUCACAGGAACCUGCCGGCGUACUGGCGGGAACUGAAGAAGUAUCAUCUGGAGCAUCACUUCAAGGACUAUGAGAAUGGGUUUGGGGUCACGAGUCGGUUUUGGGAUCGCGUGUUUGGUACUGAGUUAGGAUUGCCGCAGCCGAAGGUUGUCAAGACUUCGUAA